GUUCUACGUUAGCGUUUUUGUUAUUUAUAAGUUCCUUAAACACUGGUACUCAACGUGACUCAUUUAACUGCGCAGCUUCAUAUACUUACCACAUUUAGUGUUUAAUUCGCUUUAGAGACAGGACAUGAUAGGUGUUCCAGGUAACGCUAGCUAGCUGCUAACAAUGGCUAACUGUAUGGGGUUUCACACUCAAAUAGCCUCCAUCAUGGAGGUGCUAGCGAAUGCAGCCGUGGCAGAGGUAUGUAAACUCGUAGAUGACGACUAUGCAGUGUUUCGUUUGGAAAUAACUCAAAGCCAGAAAGAAAACAUGGCAUUGCGCAGGAAACUACAGCUACUGGAAGUGAAGGUGGCACGGGAGCGCGUCUUCGCCAGUCGUCCCAGAAGUGUCAAGAUCGUCGACCGAUACAGAGGAAUAGAAAGAGGUGAAGGACAUCUCACUAGAGGCCACAGGAGCUUUGUGAAGCCAGCAGGACACAAUGCGUGGAGAGAUGACCAACCCAUAGCUGUUGAUGAGGGGAGUGGAACCUCAACCCAGCACGUUAUCAUGAUAGAGUCUGCAGAUGCAGAGACUGCAGGUCCUGAAGGAUUGUCUCUGGUCAAGCAGGAGAGGUCUGAAGGAGAGGAGGACCGUCGGCACAGCAGGCACAUCCAGACUGGAGCAGCAGCUGGAGCGCCCCCUGUAGCCACGGUAGACCAUACCAUCACCCCAGCGCAUCUCUGGACCCGAAGCAGAAUCACGGAGGUCAGUGGAACGCCGAAUGCAGUCCUCAAGUCAGAGAAAGACAUCAAGACUUUAGCUGUAACACAAAGGCUGUUACACACAGGAUCUGACCACAGAUCAGACCCAGAGAGACUGGGGCCGGGGAGACCGGGCUGUCCUCCUGCUCCUGGCUCAGAGUUUUUCCCGGUAUUUCAACAUAGCCAAAGGGUGGUUAAUUCCCAUGGAGAUGGUGAUGCGUUAGCCACUGGCGGUGAUGAUCUGUCUUGUUUUUACACUACAGAGAUGGACCCUGGAAACAUGCCCUUGGGUUUAGAGACACAGACUGAUCUUUCUAGACGGGACUGGAACCAGUACAGUAGUAGUGUAUACUCUGAAGGGCGCCUAGAUGAGAAAGGGGAGGGUCUGGUCAUAGAUGAAGUGACUAUGAAAGUGGAGGGUGACGUUCCUCCCACAUGGAAUGCAGAUAAUCAUCACCUAGGAGAUGGACACUUACAGGGCAGAGAUUUCUUAAAUUACAGGGAAAGGUUAGAGACAAAUCCAAAUGGCUCUACCCACUCUCCUUUACACACGUUCAGGGAUCGCGCCCCAGUGUCCACGUCGAUGGGGCCUUCGGAUUCACACGGCCGCUUCCUUUUCGACAGGGCUAGAGCCCAGGCUCAGGGAGGGGGAGAAACGUCAGGCAGUAGUAAGGGAAAACGGUUCCUCUGCAUGUUCUGUAACAAAGGCUUCAGCUGCCCCCAGAAGGUAGAGAUCCACCAGAGGUUCCACACAGGGGAGAAACCCUUCAGUUGUACCCAGUGUCACAUGCACUUUGCCCAGGCUGGUGACCUGAAGAGGCACCAGAGGAUCCACACAGGGGAGAAACCCUACAACUGCCCCCAGUGUGAGAAGAGGUUCUCCCGCCAGGACCACCUGAAGAUGCACCUGAAGGUCCACACGGGAGAGAGGCCGUUCGCCUGUACGCACUGCGGGAAAAGGUUCUCAGAGAGGAGCUACCUCAGGAUACACCAGGAGAAAAACCAUUCCACUCUAUAACAUAGAAAGUAACCAUUCCACUCGAUAGCUUCUGACGUUUAGCUCAAACCCUGCAUUAAAGAAAAAUAUGCAUUUUCAUUGUUGUCAGCAGAAAAGAUCCACAGAUGCUUUUGGAAUAAUGAGAGUAACAGAUUUCAGUGUUGAAUAUUCCAGGGUAGAAUAUUGCAUACAGACAUUGUGUGAUAGAUACAGCAUAUACAGUGCCUUGCGAAAGUAUUUGGCCCCCUUGAACUUUGCGACCUUUUGCCAC